AUUGUCUACCAAAAUACCGAUGCGGUCCUAUUUUCAAAAAGCUUCGGAUAUUUUUGUAUACAUGUAAUACUGGGAUGAUUCUCGCUCAAUGACAUCGCUCUUCUUCCUGUAACCUUCCCCCAAGAUACCUCGGGCCUCUCGGUCAUGAUUCCCCACAAUCCCCCCAAACUCUACCUAUACCUACCCCAGUACCAGUCGGUCUACUGUACAGUACCAUGUAACUCCAAGCUCCCCCAAGGGAGAAUUACGUCCUCCAUCCUCGGAUUCUCCGGUCCUACACGAAGCUUAUCAUUAAAAAUCUCCCAUCAGACCUCAAAACCGGAGUUUUAAAAAAUCUCCUUCUCUCCUCAAGCACAGCAACCCUUCAAUAUGCCUUAUCAUUCCCCAUUUCCAGAUCUGGAUAUACCAAAAUUUGAUAUUUUGACGUACUUGUUUCCUCCGGGUGAAUCCCCAUCAACGACACCAAUAUGGAUCGAUUCGAAGGAUACUAGUAUUUCCUUGUCACCUGCUCAGUUAUUGCAAUGGGUGAAGAGACUGGCUGUUGGAUUGGAUAAGACGGGGAUUAAGAAGGGUGAUGUAGUCAUGAUAUACACGCCGAAUCAUACAUUCGUCCCAGCUGCGUAUCUUGGUAUCGUAGGAGCUGGGUAUGCUUUUAGUGGUGCAAAUCCAGUAUAUACAUUACCGGGUAAGUAAACACGCACUACCUUAUUUCUUAUUCUAACAAGUCUCAGAAAUGGCCCAUCAAAUCAACGAUACCGGCGCUCAAAUCAUCUUGGCACACCCUUCAAUGAUCGAAACCGCUGUAGCAGCAGCCAAACAAGUAGGACUUUCCCCAAGCCGGAUCUUUCAAUUCUCAGAUGUGGAAAACCCACCCGUGGAAGGAAUCCUAGACUGGCGAGCUCUAAUAGGAAGCCCCUCAGAAGGUGAGAAAUACACAUGGCCACGACUAAGUGCACAACAAUCCAUCAACACAGUAGCCACAAUAAACUACUCCUCCGGAACCACCGGUCUCCCAAAGGGAGUCUGCGUCAGCCAUCACAACAUCAUCGCCAACGUCGAACAAUCCUGCUUCACAAAGUACCACGGCAAGCCAUUUACACGAGAAACCGCACCCCCAGAGCGAUGGAUUGGUUUCCUGCCACUAUAUCACGCGUACGGACAACUCUACACGAUCCUCAUGGCCGUAAAACUCAACGUACCAGUCUACAUCAUGAAACAAUUCAUCUACACCGACUUCCUCCAAUGCAUCCAAGACCGUCGGAUAACCCAUCUACACGUCGCACCCCCCAUCCUCGUCAUGCUUUCCAAACGGCCCGAAACCGUGAACUACGAUCUCAGCUCCGUGACAGACGUCCUCUGUGGCGCAGCGCCGCUGUCAAAGAACCUACAAAAUGACGUCUCCAGACGAUUCAAGAUGCAGAUUAAUCAAGGCUGGGGGAUGACGGAGGUUACUUGCGGCGCGAUUGGAGUGGUGGGUGGUGUGAAUGAUGACUCCGGGAGCGUGGGACAGUUGCUUGCGAAUACGGAGUGUAAACUUCUUGAUGAUGAGGGGAGGGAGGUGAAACUUGGGGAGGCGGGGGAGAUGUAUAUCCGGGGGCCGCAGGUGUGUUUGCGGUAUUGGAAGAAUGAUGUUGCGACCAAGGAGAGUAUUAGUGAAGAUAGGUGGCUAAGGACGGGAGAUGUAGCAAUCUGUGAUGAGAGGGGUUAUUUCUGGAUCGUGGAUAGGAAGAAGGUUCAUCCCCUAUCUUUUCCCAUUUUUAUCCUUUCCAUCCCAUCCCAUCCUACCCCCAUACCCUAAAAACCCCACCUCCUAACACACCCCCACAGGAACUAAUAAAAGUCAACGCCCUCCAAGUCGCCCCCGCCGAACUGGAAGCCGUCCUCCUCAGCCAUCCACAAAUCGCCGACGCAGCCGUAGUAGGCAUCACACUGCACAACGAGGAAUGGCCACGCGCCUACGUCGCCAUCCAAGAAGAAGCCAAGGGGAAAGUCACGCCCGCAGAGAUCCAGGAAUGGAUCAAGCCUCGUGUUGCGAAGCAUAAGUGGUUGGUUGGUGGUGUGACGUUCGUGGAGGAGGUGCCGAAGCUGGCGAGUGGGAAGAUUCAGAGGAAGGUUAUGAGGGAGUGGGCGAAGGCUGAUGCGGAGGUUUUGGAGAGGGUUGUUAGGGCUAGGUUUUGAGUUUGUGGAUGGUGGGUUGAGGUUGGAAAUGGG